AUGUCUGGAGGUGUUGAAUUGGAUCUUGUUUGUGGAGAAAGUGAUGCAGAUGAAUUUUCAUCAUCAUCAAAAUCCAAACAAACUCGAAAUGUAUUCAUUGAAGAAGACCAAGUAUUUGCAAAUAAUGAUGAUGACGGUGGUGGUGGUGGUGAUGAUGAUGAUGAUAUAGCAAUAAUAGAACCAACAAAUUCUAAAACACUAGAUGAAAAUCUUAUAACUCAAACAUCAAUUGAAAAUGAUUAUUCAAAUACCAUUGAAACUAUUUCCAUUUAUAAUACGACAGACAAUACUAAUCAUAAUGGUAAACGUCGAAAAACUGAAAAAAUAGAUAUUAAUGAAGAACUCAUUCAAGAUGAAUCAGCUUCUAUUCAAAUGGAACUUUCAAGUGAUAGAAUAAAACAAGGAAAUGAUUCUAAUGGAAAUGAACAACGUAAACCAACAAAUAUACCAACAUUAAUGAUAACAGUGAAAAAUGAAAUGGCUCAAUCAAUUCGUGAACAAGCAAUUCCAACAACUGAUUCUACAGAAACUGCUACACUUCGACAUAUUUUCAGUGAUGCUGCUUAUUUUUUAAUUAAAAGUGUUAAUGAAGAAAAUAUUGUAUUGGCUAAAGCUAAAGGUGUAUGGUCAACGCCACCAGCAAAUGAACAUAAAUUAAAUCGAGCUUUUCGAGAUCAUCGAAAUGUAAUUUUAAUUUUUUCUGUAGCCGAAAGUAAAGCAUUUCAAGGUUUUGCUCGUAUGUCAUGUGAAGCUCGUCAUGAUAAUCAACCUGUUAAUUGGAUAUUACCACCUGGCAUGAGUAAUCGUGUUUUUUCAGGUGUUAUUUACAUUGAUUGGAUAACUUGUCGAAGUUUACCAUUUAGUAAAACAUCACAUUUGUUCAAUUCAUGGAAUGAGAAUAAACCGGUUAAAAUAGGACGUGAUGGUCAGGAAAUUGAGCCACGUUGUGCUGAAGCAUUAUGUCGUUUAUUUCCAUCCGAUCCAACCAUUGAUAUUAUGUCAAUAGCAACGAAAGCUAAAAAUAAUAAAAAACGAUAUUCAUCUCGAUCGCAAUCACGUUCACCAUUAUCGAUAAAUGUUUCUUCAUCAUUACCAAUGGAAACUUCAUCAUCAUCAUCGAUAAUAAUUAAACGUCAAACAUCAAAAGAUCAUAAUCGUCAUCUAUUACCAAAUAAUAAUAAUAAUAAUAAUAAUAAUAAACAACGACCAACAUCAUCAGAUUUUUCAUAUCGUCACUCAUCAAAUCAUCAUCAUCCUCGAUUACCUUCAAAUCAUAUGCCUCAUAGACAUCAACAAUCAAAAAGUCGAGAACGUGAAACUAAAGAUUUAUCGCGAAAACGACGACGACGAUCAAGAUCAUCACACUCCGAUCAUGGUGGUAAAAGUAGUUCAAGUCGAAAACAUUCACAUCAUAAUAAUGGCGAUCAAACAUCAUACAAUAGCAAUAAUAAAACGAUGAACAAGAUUAUCAGUAGUGGAACAUAUGAAGACUAUAUGAAUCAUUUAGUUGCAACUCAUGCACAAUAUGCAGGAUUUGGUGCAGCUAUGUUUCCACCUGGAGGCUAUCCUAUGGCUUAUGAUCCAACUGCUUUUUAUCCAAUGGCAUAUGAUCAUCGUGGUAUGCCAGUAUCGAUGCAUACUGGAGGUUAUGAAGUACCAGCGGAUAUGUAUUAUCCUCAAGCGCCAUCUUCGGUACCAUCUCGCUCUCGAAAUUUAACUGAUUAUGAACAAGAAAUAAAUGCAUUUCUUCGUCAUACAACAGCAUCAUCUGCUUAUCCAAAUAAUGAUAAGAAUUUAAAACCUCAUCGAAGCCAUCGUCAUCAUCGAGAUGAAGAUAACUAUCAUCAUAAACCUUCAUCCCGACAUCGUUCAAAAUCACGUGAACAUCGUCAUUAA